AUGGUUGACGGCGAGCCUGAACUGAGACUGCAAAAUGCCGUGGAGAAUAGUCCAUCAGUCUAUCUCCGUGCGCACAAGGGCAAUCCCGUGGCCUGGCAAGAAUGGUCACCCAAAACUCUGUCCCUUGCAAAGCGGUACCAGCGACUUAUAUUUUUGAGUAUCGGCUACAAUGCAUGCCAUUGGUGUCAUGUGAUGGAACGGGAGUCGUUUAGCUCUCCUGAUGUGGCAGAGAUCCUUAACAACUUCUUCAUCCCAAUCAAGUUAGAUCGGGAAUCACGGCCUGAUCUAGACGACAUCUACAUGAGCUAUGUCACGGCGACGACGGGCUCCGGAGGCUGGCCUUUGAAUGUCUUCCUCACUCCAGAUCUCAAACCUGUCUUUGGGGGCACGUACUGGCCCGGACCUACCCCGACCACGAAUCUGAAGCCGGCCACUCCUCACGACGAGGCGCCAGUCACAUUCAUCGGGAUUCUCAAGAAGAUGAAGGAGGUCUGGACCACGCAACGCGAAAGGUGUCUCCAAUCGUCUUCGGAAAUUACGGACCAGUUACUCGCGUUCGCCGGCGAGGGCAUCCAUUCCCAUUCAGACAGCCAAGCUCGAGAAGCUGAACCCACUUCGUCCGAUCCACCCGAGCCACUGGACCUGGACCUGCUGGAUGACGCCCUCAGCCAUUUCAUCUCGCGCUACGACUCAACACACGGGGGAUUUAGCCCGAGCCCUACAGCGCCCAAGUUUCCGACACCUUCAAACCUCACCUUUCUUCUUCGUAUCGGCGCAGCCAUAGCUCUGCCUUCCACUCACACGCGGUUUGGUUUCUUCAGCCCAGUUCCUGGGAUCUUGGGUCGAGAGUCAUGCCUCACCGCUGCAAGGAUGUCUCUGCAUACUCUUCUUGCCAUGUCACGGUCCGGUUUGAGAGAUCAAUUAGGCUAUGGAUUCCAUCGAUACAGCGCCACCGCCGACUGGAAUCUCCCGCACUUUGAGAAGAUGAUGUGCGACAAUGUGCAGCUGCUCGGCUGCUACUGCGACGCCUGGGCACUAGGCAGGGACCCAGAGAUUCUCGGCACGAUCUACAACCUCGUCGAGUAUUUUACGAACCCUGAGUCCCCGAUCGUCCAUCCGGAGGGUGGUUGGUACUCGAGCGAAGACGCAGACUCGCGUACCACCCUUUCCACCAUGAGUAAUGGAGCAAUGUCGGACGACAAGAAGGAAGGCGCCUUCUACGUGUGGACGUUCAAGGAGUUCCAGUCGAUCCUUGGGGAACGGGAUGCAGCGAUCUUGGCUCGGCACUUUGGCGUCCGACCGGAUGGCAACGUACCCGCCCAACAUGACAUGCACGACGAGUUCCUGACCCAGAACGUGCUGCACGUCCAAGCCACCCCGUCUAUAUUAGCCAAAGAAUUCGGCAUGCCGGAGGAGGAAAUCGUGCGGAUAGUCAAGUCCGGCCGCGCACAGUUACGCGAGCACCGCAAGACGAAACGCGAAAAGCCCGAGGUGGACACAAAGAUAAUUGCCUCGUGGAACGGACUUGCCAUUACGGCUCUGGCGCGCGCAGCCAACACUCUGGCGACGAUCGACAAGCACCGCGCCAACAGGUGUCAGGACGCCGCCGAAAGGGCUGCAGCCUUCAUCCGGAAGAGCAUGUAUGACGAGGCUACAGGGCAGUUGGUGCGGGUGGCAGGUCCACCGGCCUCGCAGCUCAAUCAAGAUGCCGACAACACCAAUACCGCCUUUGUAGAUGACUACGCAUAUCUCGUCCUGGCUAAUCUCGCCCUGUACGACCUGACCCUUUCUCAACCGUACCUCGAUUGGGCUAUUCAGCUUCAAUCCUAUUUGGACGAACAUUUCAUCGCCAGCACCACGGGAGGAUACUUCCAGUGUCCCAAGCCCCGCGACUCCUCAACCACAGAACAAAUCAUCCGCCUCAAGCCCGGGACCGACAACGCCCUCCCAUCUCCCAACGGCAUCAUCUGCACCAACCUGCUCUACCUCUCUUCCUACAUCCAAUCCCAACACCCGUCCCGAUCCGCAUCCGAAGCGUCCGCCUACACGUCCCGAGCCCGCGCGCUAUUAGACGCCUUCGCCGUCGAAAUCAUCCAGCAUCCUUUCCUCUACGUCACGCUCUUGGGAGCAACGGUCAUGGAGCAAGUCGGCGUGAAGACGAUAAUUGCACCCAUGACGGCCAAGGAAAGCGAGCUCAGGAGAUUGAAGGGGUGGGGGAGGACCGUGGUCAGGGGGAUUGUGUCGGAGGUGAUGAUCUGUACGAAAGAUGGGGUGUGUCGUGCAUUGAGACGCGAAGACCUGGAGGAUGUGGAUGACUUGGACGCCGAAGCCGAAGAGGAGAAAGCCAGGGCCCUUGGGAAAGUGGACAGCGUGUCUUCGGUGGGGGAAUUGAGGAAGGCUGCUGUCCCGGCUUCUGCGUGA